UUUCUCCGUUUGCUUAAUUACAUAGACGGUUACAUUGUGUUUAAUCGAACGAUGCGCGUCGGCUUAGUCUUCGAAAUACUGCAUAAGCAGCAAUUAUAACACUUCAGUAAUUGCCAGUCUAAUCAUUCAAAAUGAUAUUAUUAACAAGACAGGUGGAAGUGAGUAGUUCGGCUCGUUGAUUUCCAGUGAUAGUGCAGUUUUAAAGUAUAAAUUCCAAUGUUUUGGCUUAAUUGUUUGCGUUUUUCCUACCAUGAAUAAUCGGAGAAGAAAAAUCUGUUCAAAGUUCUAAGUUAUGAAUAUGAAUCAGCAACAUGGGAAGUUUAACAAUUGUCAUAUUAGUGUUUAUACUGAAAGUGUUAGGCCCUAUAGAUGGAGCGCUUCGAAGCAAUUUUGUUUAGAUGACAAUGAAGCAGCUCAACAAUUCACUCGAGAUGAUGCGGAAAGCCUGCGCGCCAAAGUAUAAAGUUGAUGAAGCGAGUUUAGAUGGUCUCAAGUCAGGGGAUUUUCCACCGGAACCGGAUACUGAGUUAAAAUGUUAUACGAUGUGUAUUGCACAAAUGGCGGGAACGUUAACCAAAAAAGGAGAAGUAAGCUUCUCGAAGACAUCGGCUCAGAUUGAAGCUAUGCUUCCACCGGAACUUAAAGCGCCCGCCAAGGAAGCUCUGAACCACUGCAAGAAUGCACAAGCAUCGUACAAAGACCCCUGUGAUAGAGUGUUUUACUCGGUAAAAUGUGCUGCGGAAUUCAACCGAGAUGUGUUUAUUUUCCCUUAAACGACGACCAACGGCUUAUAAACAGGAUGAAGCUCCAGGACCUAGGCUAAACCAUUAUCAUAAUUUUGGUGUUAUUUGCUAAUUAUCAAUGUUACUAGAUUUCACAAUUUUUAUGUUAUGUUUAUGUUAGAAAAUAUAGUACAAAA